ACUGAGAUAUACAGUACUGAGAUAUACACACUGGCAUACAGUACUGAGAUAUACACACUGGUAUACAGUACUGAGAUAUACACACUGGCAUACAGUACUGAGAUAUACACACUGGCAUACAGUACUGAGAUAUACAGUACUGAGAUAUACACACUGGUAUACAGUACUGAGAUAUACACACUGGCAUACAGUACUGAGAUAUACACACUGGCAUACAGUACUGAGAUAUACACACUGGUAUACAGUACUGAGAUAUACACACUGGUAUACAGUACUGAGAUAUACACACUGGCAUACAGUACUGAGAUAUACAGUACUGAGAUAUACACACGGAUACAGUAUGAGAUAUACAACGGUUACAGUACUGAGAUAUACACACUGGCAUACAGUACUGAGAUAUACACACUGGCAUACAGUACUGAGAUAUACACACUGGCAUACAGUACUGAGAUUCAUGACACACUGGAUUACAGUACUGAGAUAUACCCCACUGGCAUACAGUACUGAGAUAUACACGCAUACAGUAUGAGAUAUACACACUGGCAUACAGCUUAAACUGGGAGGGUAUACACACUGGAUACAGUACUGAGAUAUACACACUGGCAUACAGUUUCUGAGAUAUACACACUGGCAUACAGUACUGAGAUAUACACUGGCAUACAGUACUGAGAUAUACACACUGGCAUACAGUACUGAGAUAUACACACUGGUACUUGAGAAUACACACUGGCAUACAGUACUGAGAUAUACACACUGGCAUACAGUACUGAGAAACAAUAACACACUGGCAUACAGUACUGAGAUAUACACACUGGCAUACAGUACUGAGAUAUACAGUACUGAGAUAUACACACUGGCAUACAGUACUGAGAUAUACACACUGGCAUACAGUACUGAGAUAUACACACUGGCAUACAGUACUGAGAUAUACACACUGGCAUACAGUACUGAGAUAUACACACUGGCAUACAGUACUGAGAUAUACAGUACUGAGAUAUACACACUGGCAUACAGUACUGAGAUAUACACACUGGCUAUACAGUACUGAGAUAUACACACUGGCAUACAGUACUGAGAUAUACACACUGGCAUACAGUACUGAGAUAUACACACUGGCAUACAGUACUGAGAUAUACACACUGGCAUACAGUACUGAGAUAUACACACUGGCAUACAGUACUGAGAUAUACACACUGGCAUACAGU